AUGUUGAAGAUCAGCCCCAUGCAAGGAGCUACGGGGGAUGGCCAGCCAGAUUCCCCACCAUCUGUGCCAGGCACUCUGCCUCACUUUAUCCAGGAACCGGAGGAUGCCUACAUUGUGAAGAGCAACCCCAUUAAACUGCGCUGUCGAGCAGCACCUGCCUUGCAGAUCUUCUUCAAGUGCAACGGGGAUUGGGUGCACCAGAAUGAGCACUUAUCCCAAGAGUAUAAGGAUCUGAACACUGGACUGAAGGUUCGCGAGGUGAUGAUCAAUGUGUCGCGUCAGCAGGUGGAGGAUUUCCAUGGCCCCGAGGACUACUGGUGUCUAUGUGUGGCCUGGAGCCACCUGGGCACCUCCAAGAGCCGCAAGGCCACCGUCCGGAUUGCUUACCUGAGGAAAAACUUUGAGCAGGACCCCCAGGGAAAGGAGGUGCCAAUCAAGGGGAUGAUCGUUCUGCACUGCCGGCCCCCAGAGGGAGUGCCCGUGGCAGAGGUGGAGUGGCUGAAAAAUGAAGAGGUCGUGAGCUCCCUGACUGACGGCAACAUAGACACCCGAGCCGACCACAACCUCAUCAUCAACGAAGCGCGCCUCUCCGACUCGGGCAACUACACCUGUCUGGCCAGCAACAUUGUGGCUAAGAGACGCAGUGCUACAGCAACCGUGGUAGUCUUCGUGAACGGGGGAUGGUCCCUGUGGACAGAAUGGUCGUCAUGUAACGUCCCGUGUGGGCGGGGCAUCCAGAAGCGAUCGCGGACCUGCACCAACCCCGCGCCUCUCAACGGCGGGGCUUUCUGUGAGGGCAUGUCUGUGCAGAAGAUCACCUGCAAUGCCCUUUGCCCAAUUGACGGGGGUUGGGACGAGUGGAGCGAGUGGACAGUGUGUAGCAGCCAGUGUGAACGGCUACGCAAGAGAGACUGCAACUCACCGGCCCCCAGACACAGGGGCAAGAUGUGUGAAGGUGACAGCCAGAUGACGGAAAACUGCACCAAUGGACUAUGUACUCAGAAUCGAAAGCUUCUACAUGACGUAAAACCUCAAAGUAUGGACAACUCCACCGACGUGGCUCUGUAUUCAGGACUGGGGGCUGGCAUCGUCGCUGUGGCGGCCCUGGUGGUGGCCAUUAUGCUGUACAAGAAGAACCAGAGCGAGUAUGGCGUGGACGUCAUUGACUCCUCGGCGCUCACCGGGGGUUUCCAGUCAUUCAACUUCAAGACCACCAGACAAGGCAACCCACUGCUUCUCAACUCCUCGAUGCAGCCAGACUUAACAGUGGGACGGACAUACAGCACUCCCCUCUGCUUCCAGGACAGCGUAGACAAAGAGCUCUUUGACCCCCUGCCAGACAUCAAGGUCAAAGUUCAGAGCUCCUUUAUGGUUUCACUAGGUGUGGCCGAGCGGGCAGAGUUCCACGCCAAAGCCCCACCGGAGACCUUCCCCCGGGGCCUGAGCCGAGACUGCUGCAGCAGCACUGUGGAAAGGCACAAGAAGGGCACGCUUGCCCCCAACGGGCCCUUCACCCUCACCACAAAACAACAGCUGAGUACCACUGGCAUAUUCGGCCACCCUGGAGGACGCCUGGUGGUACCAAACACAGGGGUCAGCCUGCUGGUGCCCCAUGGUGCGGCGGCUGAAGAUAUGUCUUGGGAGAUGUACAUGGUGAUCAAUCAGGGAGAGCCAAGUGUGCAAACAGAGGAAGACGGAGAAAUCCUACUGGGCCCAGAGGUAACGUAUGGUCCUCCAGGUCUGGACCUGACCAGUCCAGUGGCCAUCACCAUAGCUCACUGUGCAGAGGUGGAUGCUGAGAACUGGAACAUCCAGCUCAAGAGGAAAACCCAGGAGAGUAAAUGGGAGGAAGUGAUGUCUGUGGAGGAAGAGUCCACUUCCUGUUACUGCCUAAUGGACUCGACAAGUUGCCAUCUGUUGCUAGACCAGCCGGGCUCCUACGCGCUAGUUGGUGAGCCCCUGACACAGGCGGCCGUCAAGAGGCUUAAGCUAGCUGUGUUUGGGAGCAUGGAGUCCGGAUCUAUGGACUACAGCCUCCGCGUCUACUGUGUGGAUGACACACCACACGCCUUUCAGGGAGUGGUGGCCACAGAAAGGAGCAGAGGAGGACAGCUCCUCGAGGAGCCAAAGAUAUUGCCUUUCCAAGCAAACACCUUCAGCCUCCAGGUGUCCAUCCAGGAUGUUCCACAUUUCCUCUGGAGCAUCAAACCCUUUACCACAUGUCAGGAAUUCUCCUUCCUCCAAGUGUGGUGCAGCAACCAGCAACCACUGCACUGUGCCUUCUCUCUGGAGAGAUACAGCCCUGCCACCACCCAGCUCUCCUGCAAAAUCAGCGUGCGGCAGGUCAAGGGGCACGAGCAGAUUUUGCAGGUCUACACGGCCGUGGCCGAGAAUGAAAAGGAGUCGGUCCCAUUUUUUAUGCAGACGGACUGCACUGUCACCUCCCAGACAGGGCCCAAGGCCUUCAAAAUCCCCCUGUCCAUCCGCCAGAGGAUCUGUGCCACCUUUGACACUGCCAAUGCCAAGGGCAAGGACUGGCAGCUCCUAGCCCAGAAACUCAACCUAGAUCGAAACCUUUGUUAUUUUGCUAAACAGCAGAGUCCAUCCGCGGUGAUUUUGAGCCUGUGGGAGGCCCGUCACCAGGACACAGGCGACCUUGACUCUCUGGCUAGCGCCCUGGAGGAGAUCAGCAAGAUCCACUCCAGAAGCUCGCCCAAGAGCCAGGACGAACCGCCAUACGACUUCCGGCACACACAGCCGAGCGGGCCGGCGUGUCUGUGUCCGACGGACAAACUCAAAAGUCACGCGACAGAGGACUCGACUCCCGAGUACACAGGCUGA